AUGUCAGAUAAUAACACAACUACUUUUUCACCGAACAAUCGCAUUGUUCUAACAUUUUUAAUGAGUUUAUUAGCAUUUUCUAUAAUGCUAGGAAAUGCUGUGGUCAUCAUAGCUUUCGUGGUGGAUAAAAACCUUAGACAUCGAAGUAAUUAUUUUUUCCUCAACUUGGCCAUUUCUGACUUCUUAGUGGGUAUGAUCUCUAUUCCUUUGUAUAUUCCUCACAUAAUGUUCAAUUGGAACUUUGGGAGUAAAAUCUGUACAUUUUGGCUCAUCAUUGACUAUCUUCUGUGUACAACAUCUGUGUAUAACAUUGUGCUCAUCAGCUAUGAUAGAUAUCAGUCAGUCUCAAAUGCUGUCUCCUACAGAGCCCAACACACCAAAAUCUUGAGGACCGUGGUUAUGAUGAUGGGCAUCUGGGUGCUGGCUUUCUUAGUGCAUGGGCCAGUGAUUCUUGUUUCAGAGUCUUGGAAGAAUGGGAAAACAUACUGUGAACCUGGAUUUCUUUCAGAAUGGUAUAUUCUUGUCAUCACAUCCUUCUUGGAAUUCCUGGUUCCAGUCUUCUCAGUGGCUUAUUUCAACAUGUAUAUUUACUUGAGCAUCUUGAAGCGUGGUCAUCUCAGUGCGAGGCAAAGUCACACCAGAUUCUCGUCUGUCUCAUCUAGUAACUGUGGACACUCAUGUAGGUUUAUAAGAGCAGCUUCUUCUGGACCGAAGGAAGCAGUGCCAUCCUUUUGUCUCGAAAAGCAGGGAAGAAAGAGCAGUUUCUUCUUUUCUUUAAGAACUCAGAUGAAUAACAGUGCUGUCACCUCCAAAAUGGGUUCCCUCUGCCAUUCAUGUUCUGUAGUUCUUCACCAAAGGGAACAUCUUGAGCUUCUCAGAGCCCGGAAAUUAGCCAGGUCUCUGGCCAUCCUCUUAGGUGUUUUUGUUGUAUGCUGGGCUCCUUAUUCUUUGUUCACAUUUAUUCGUUCAAUUUACCACUCAGAUCAGCACUCUAAAACAGUAGAGUAUGAAGUAACAUUUUGGCUUCAGUGGUUUAAUUCGCUUAUCAAUCCUUUCUUGUACCCCCUGUGUCACAAGCAUUUUCAGAAGACUUUCUUGAAGAUUCUUUGUAUAAAAAAGCAAUCUGUACCAAUGCACAGUUGA